CAAUCACAUGGACUAAAAGCUCAAAAUCACACACCUCAAUGAACCAGAGGAAAAUGCAGCUUCCUCUCAAGAGAAACACUUCCAUUGGUUUACUGAAGUCUCCUUCUGAGGGGUGUUUCUGAAAGCGACCCUGCUUUCUGUUUGGAGCCAUUCCUUGAAGACCCAACAAGACGUCGGUUGGUUGACUGACGGUGAUGGGUUCUCGGGGUCAAACGCUAGCAUGGACCUUGCUUCCAGUGCUUCUGCUGGGAUUGACCUACUCAUCACACAGUUCCCUUGUGAAAGUCAACAAGGGUUUAAAGGUGAAACGGGGUCAGUCAGCCUACCUCCAGGAGGGUGAUCUGCUGUUCCAUAUUCCCCGUCAGAAGGAUGCGUGCAAGGUGGAGGUGGUGUUAAAUGAGCCCAUAACUCAACGAGUGGGAAAACUCAUGCCUCAGGUAUUUGAUUGCCACUAUCUGGCUGACGAGGUGAAGUAUGUCCAUAACGGCUGUCCAUUGUUAAAGGAGGACACUGUCAAGCUUCGACUGUAUCGGUUCACAGAGACAGAGACAUACACAGAGCUAUUUUCCCUCCAUGUGGACAUUAUGGAACCUGAAUGCAGCAUUAUAAAGCUAGGACCCAAAUCCCUAGAGGUUCCUGAAUUCUACGGCCUCUCAGACGCUGUUGAUGGCAAUGUGGUGUCCUUUCACCAUGAGAGGAGGUCUAGCCUGGAGUGUAGCAUCCACUUGAGUAACCAUGACACCCACCUGCCAGCCCACGGCCAACUGGUCACCGGAGAGCCAGAGAAAGCUACAAAGAGAGGGGACGAACCAGAGAGCUUCAUCCACCUACGUCAGCAGCUAGAUAAUAAAGCCAGGGCAAUGUGUAAGUCUGAAGGCUGCCUGAAGGGUCUGAAGCUGGUGAAGUUCACCAAAAUUCUCUGUGAUGAUUUCUUGGUGAUGGGGCUGAGGUAUCAACACAUAGACCCUCCCUCUCCAGACGUAGACUACAUCGCAAUCCGACUGGACCUCAAGGACACCAGGAGUGGCAGCAUAUAUCAGUCCGAACAGGCCUGGAUUCCAGUGCGUAUUCUUGGUGCGAUGCCCAACCAGCCUCCCAAACCAUCCUUCAUGUCCAUGUUUAUCCUGGAAGUGGACCAGUUCAUCCUCACUCCGCUCUCCACUGCUACACUAGACGCUGAAGACGAGGAAACCCUCAAACAACUUUUAGUUUUCAACAUCACCAAACCCCCCGUGGACGGCUUUAUCACCCAUCUAUCCGAUCACACUCGCCCAAUCUCCUCCUUCACAUGGCUUGAUCUGAACGACAUGCUCAUUGGGUAUCAACCUCCGAACUCCUCACACACCCAACGCCGGAAUUACGAGGUGGAAUUUGAGGUUCAUGAUUUUUUCUUUGAGAAGAGCCCAUCAAUGACUGUCCACAUGUCUGUAAGGAAUUCAGACACCAAUGCACCCAGGGUGUCUUGGAACAUGGGUCUCAGUCUGUUAGAGGGUCAGUCCCGGCCAAUAAUGUGGGAGCAGCUCCAGAUUGUUGACAACGACAACCUGAAUGCUGUUCGUAUCAUCACUGUGGACGGCCUGCAGCAUGGACGGCUCACUGUCAGAGGUGGAAAGGGCUUCAUGUUCACUGUCAAUGACAUCAAAGCGGGCGUGGUUCGCUAUCACCACGACGACAGCGACUCCACCAAAGACUUCAUCAUCUUCCGCAUUACUGACGGCCUCCAUCAGACCCGACACAAGUUCCCUAUAAAGAUCCUGCCGAAGGACGACAGCCCUCCGUUCCUCAUCACCAACAUGCUGCUGGAGGUGUCUGAGGGCCAAAUGGCUUUACUGAGAGGUUCAACUCUCCAGGCUUCUGACAUGGACUCCAGUGACGACUACAUCCUCUAUAACAUCACCCGUCCCCCGCAGGCAGGAGAGGUCAUGAAAAUCCCAGGACCAGGUCUUACAGGUUAUCCUGUCAGCCACUUUCUGCAGAAAGACCUGUCUCAGUCCAUGGUUUACUAUCGACACCUAGGUAAUGAGGUGUUUGAUGACUCCUUUGAGGUGGUGCUGUCAGAUUUCCAUGACCCCCCCAACCUGUCAGACUCUCAAGUGGUGAUGGUGCACAUAGAGCCUGUUCCAGACCAGCCACCUAAAGAGGUCCCUGGUUCCAGUCGGUGCCUUGUGAUUAAAGAAACAGAAGUGGUCCAUAUAACACGGCAACAUCUUCACUUUGUGGACCAGGAGUCCCCCGACAGUGAACUUACAUAUACGGUCACUACUCCACCUUUCUACACUGGUUCUCACAGCAGCAGUCCUGAUGCGGGGAGGUUGUUCUUAGUCGACAGCGUACCCAAAUUCACCAAAGACUCCAAUGCACCAGUGCUGAGGCUCUUCACACAGCAUGCAGUAAACUUUAUGAAAGUAGCCUACAUGCCUCCGAUCAUGGACAUCGGCCCUUACCCCCAGUAUAUCCAGCUGGUUCUGUCUGUAACCAACCACCUGGGCAAAACAGUCACUGGGAUCUGCUUUAACAUCACUGUGGUGCCAGUGGACAACCAGCCGCCACAGGUUAUCACCAACCCACUGACUGUAGAUGAGGGAGGGGAGUGCUGGAUUGGCCCUGAGCACUUGCUGCUGUCAGACGUGGACUCCAUGGAGGAAGACCUGCAGGUGCAACUCCAGAAGGAACCACAGCACGGAGCUCUGCAGCUAGGCGGCCGCCCGCUAAAACCGGGCCAUGCUUUCACUGUGCAAGACCUGAAAAGCCUUAAAGUUAGGUACAAUCACGACAGCUCUGAAACUCUAGAAGACAACAUUGAAUUCACUGCAACAGAUGGCACCAAUCCAGUUAGUUUUGUCCUGCAAGUAAAGGUGAUGCCCAUCAAUGACGAGGUCCCAGUGUUGGUUGUCGGUUUGAAACCGGUUCUCAGCUGCGCGGAGGGACAGGAAGUAGUCAUCACAGCAGAGUUUAUCUACGCCACUGAUGCAGACAGCGACAACAACAGCCUGGCCUUCCUCAUCGCCCGCCAGCCAUAUCACGGUGUGGUGCUCCGAAGAGGUGUCAUCAUCGAUCGCUUCAUCCAGGCAGACAUCACUGCCGGGAUCAUCACCUACAAACACACAGGACUGGAGAUUGGACUCACUCCUCGCCGUGACACCAUCACCUUCGUUAUUUCUGAUGGAGAAACAGAAAACUUAACUGUGUGCUGCGGUGAAGGAAGUCCCACCAGGGCCAGAGGCAAGGCUCAGCUACGGGAUAGCCUGCCUGUGUACGACCUCCAGAUCACAGUGUUUCCAGUCGACAACCAGCAACCUUCUCUUACAACAGGAGACAUCUUUAAGGUGGAUGAAGGUGGUACUGCCCCGAUUACUGCCUCUCAUUUGAAGGCCUCUGACGUGGACACCGUGCUGGAUGAGCUGGUAGUCAGUCUGAUUUCUCCGCCCCAGUUUGGCUACAUUGAAAAUGUCCUCCCCAGUCCUGGCUUUGAGAAAAGCAACAUGGGCAUAAGCAUAGCCUCCUUUUCAUACAAAGACAUCAUCGACGGUCAUGUGAACUAUGUACAGUCCAGACACCAGAGGAUGGAGCCCACAGCUGACCAGUUCAUGCUCUGUGUAUCAGAUGGCAAACACAGCUCCGCACAUGUCCCCUUCUACAUAAUUAUUAACCCGACAAACGACGAGGUCCCAGAGUUUGUGGCUCGCAACAUCACAGUACAAGAAGGAGAAAUGAAGCAGCUGGACUUGUCAGUCUUCCAUGCGAUGGAUCUGGAUGUCCCAAAGAACGUCCUGCUCUUCAGCGUGGUCAAAGCCCCGCAGCAUGGCACCAUCAUCAACCACAGCGGCGAAAAGCCAGUCCACAAGGGACAGGAGGCCAGUCCUCAAUCCCCGGUGGUCGACUUUACAAUGACAGAUCUUACAAACGGUAUGGAUCUGAUGUACAUGCAUGAUGACUCAGAGAAUGUAGAGGACAGUUUUACCAUCCAGUUGACUGAUGGCAGGCACCAACUCCACAGACAAGUGAUGGUUAAAGUGCUGCCAGUCAAUGAUGAGGAGCCUCGUGUCAUCAGGAAUAAUGGGCUGGAGGUGGAGCCAGGAGAAGCCAGGCUUAUAUCCAGUGUCACACUCUUCGCACAGGACAGCGAUACUCCUUCUUUAGAGGUCAUGUAUGUGUUUGAGAGUGUUCCUACCCAAGGACUGCUUCAGCUUAAGGAAGGUCGGGACUGGGUGACGCUGGCGGCCGGGAGAAACUGCACCCAGGAGGUGGUGGACAUGAACCUUCUGCGCUAUGUGCACACAGGCCUGCAUGGCACUAAAACACAGGAUUUUUUUGUCUUCUGUGUGUCGGAUGGAAAGAAUCAAUCACCCCCACAGCACUUCUAUAUCUCUGUCAGAGAUCUAGAGAAAGGAAAUAUCGCCAUCUUUGUGAAGCCAGUGAACGUCAGCCGUGGGGAUCGCGUGGUUCUUACCACAGAUGUGCUGUUAGCCACAGACGGCACUGACAAGCCUGAGGAGCUUCAGUAUGUCAUCACCAGCCCUGCUCCUCACGGACACAUAGAGUACAUCAAACAUCCUGGGCUGGCCAUCUCCACCUUCAGCCAGAUGGACAUAGCAGCCAACCUUGUGGCCUACGUGCAUGACAACCGUGCCAGCACACCCACAGAAACCUUUCAGUUCAUUGUGAGCAACGGUAAGACCAGCCGAAACGGGAGCUUUGAGAUUGCGGUGGAAAUGGUGGACCGCAUUCUGCCAUCUCUGUCCUCCAACAAAGGCCUCUCAGUCCCACAGGGCUCCUCCAUGAUCCUGGGUCCUGACUGCCUGGCCAUGUCUGACCCCGACACUCCACCCAGCGCCCUGACCUUUGUUCUCCUCCGGCCUCCACAGUACGGCGGGCUGCUUUUAGGUGGUACCAUGUUAACUGCUGGCUCUAACUUCACCCAGAGAGACGUACAGGAGUUGGAGGUAACAUAUAAACAUGAUGGGGGGCCGUCUCAAAUCGACAGAUUUGCCUUCACUGCCUUUGACAGCACCAACCGGGGCUUCCUGCUGGACGGACAGUUACAUACGGCACCUGUGUUCUUCACAAUUCAGAUAAAGCCAUUGGAUAAGUCACCUCCUGAGGUUGUGAAGCUGCUUCCUCUUUGGAAAGCAGAGCUUUUAGGUGAUGGACGAUAUGGGAUCUUUCUUUCAUCUCGUGAGGUGAAGGCCCAGGACAGCGACAGCAGAGAAGAGGAGCUGAUAUUCUGCAUUGUCCGUCAGCCCUACUUUAGUUUCCUAGAAAACAUUACCACAGGUGGUUUUGUACCACAGCGCUUCUCUCAGGUGGAGCUGAACAAGAAAACUAUUGUCUACAUAAUCAACCCAGACAGGGAGUCUCUCUCCGACAGCCUGGAGUUUACAGUGUCUGAUCCUUUAGGAAACACAGGGCCCUCUAACAUUCUUGAAUUCAGCUGGUCCACCGUGGAGCUGUCUCAACCUGAGUACUCUGUAUGUGAGGAGAAGGGAACUGUCUCGCUGGACAUCAUCCGGAAUGGAAACUUGGCAGAGUCUUCUUAUCUCACUGUCAAGGUAAAAGAGGUGACUGCAACAGUUGGAAAAGAUUUCCUCAUUAGCCCUUCUUCCCUCAUACAGUUUGAUCCAGGAGUGUCAAAGAGGAGCUGGCAAACCACGAUCAUUCAGGAUCACCUUGAGGAGGCUGAGGAGAUGUUCGAAGUGCUGCUAGUCUCACCUGAAGGCACAGUGAUUGGCAACAUCAAGAGGGCUCAAAUCACCAUCAGAGAUUCUGGGAGCAAGAAGGGAGGAAAAGGACAAUGCCGGCUGAACCACGAUCAGGAGGCUCCUGUUCUUGGAGGAAAAGAGAUUCGCUCAGACACAUACCCCCAGCAUGGAUCCAUUCAACUAGAGAAGCUGCCCCUCGGCACAGAUUCAGUAAUGUGGUCCCGUGGAGACAGCAUCUCCAGGCCUGGAGCAGAUGUCCCAAAAAAGAAACUCAAAGUUACAGGCAAUCCAAAGUCUAUUGCACCUUCAUCAGUUUUUCACAAUGGGACAGACAUUGUUUACACGUAUCAUGGGAUCAUGCAAAUGCAAGUAGAAGAUGACACGUCCCCAUCGAGGAAGGGCAGAAAGGCAAAUAUCCGUGUGGUUAGCAGGGGAGCACAGCAGCAGGUGUCAGCAGUGCUUAUGAGGUCAAAGUCAGAUCCUCAAAGGAAGAUCUUAAAACCUCAAAAGACUGGACCGGCUAAAGUGCAUGCUACAGCAGAUAACUCCAUACCCAAGCCCUGUGUGCCAGAACUGAUGGGACUCCUGCAUUUAAACCAGACGACCAAUCAGCUUUUUCACUGCAACGGUGUUUCCUGGAAACCCUGGACACCAACUGAUCAGAUGGUGAAUGCUCAGAUGUGUCCUCAAGGCUGGACCUUCCACGGAGGCCGCUGUUACACUCUCAGCACUGAGCACAAUGUCACAUGGAGCACAGCUAACAGGGCCUGCAGGGAGAGAUAUAAAGGCACUCUAGCAAGCGUUCUCUCUAAAGUUGACAUGGACUGGCUGUGGGACUUCAGCGGAAGAAAACCAUUUUGGAUAGGCCUGAACGACAGGGAGGGCCGAGGAAGCUGGGAGUGGGCGGGCGGUGAGCCAGUCAGCUACACUAACUGGAGAAAGACACCCCCGCGGUCCAAAAUGAAGGGAAGCAAAAAGUGCGUCCUGGUGUGGAGGAGGGCAAAGUGGCAAAUCAGGGACUGCAAGACGAGCAGAGGACACCGCUUUGUGUGCUCAGCAAAAACUUGAAUUUGGCGGCAUCACAGCCACAAGUUGCAGGAGAAAGGACUGACCCCUCUGGACAUUUAAACUGCAAUAACUUUCCAAUGAGGAACAAUGGGAACUUUGCUGGAGCUGUUUAUAUCAUUUAUAAAGAACUUUGUGACAGUUAUUGUGUCUAAAAAGUAACCUAAGCGGCAUUGUUUACACUGCAUUUAUACUAAUUAACCACUGAAAGUGUUAUAUAUGUAAAGCUCACACAUGUAAAAACUUUUUUUUAAAUGUAUGUAGUGUAUUUUGCUUAUUUCAGAUAGAACCAAGGCUGGGUUACAAACAGGAGCCAAUGACCACAAGGCUCUGAAAGCCCCACAUUCACUGUUUGACUGGUUUGUGCUGCAGGUAAUUUAGAUGCAAAUCUGUUGGUUGAUAUUGCUCUCAAAUUUCUAACAGAUUGUGAACAUUACCUCAGGCACCCGCUGUCCAAAGUUUUAAGGCUUUCAUUAUUUUAAUCUAUAUUGUGUUUACAUUGUACAUAUUCCUAAAUUAAUAAAUAUGUGUUUAAACUGACACACACUAUCAGAGGUUUGGUUUCCAUGUCUACAGGCAAAAUAUAAUGAAAAUGACAUGUGUAGUGUGCUGUGUGUACUGUACUUGUUUGGAAUUUAAG